AUGGCCGAACCCAGCUUCAAGGUCCUCAUCAUCGGCGCCGGUUCUACCGGUUUGCUUCUGGCUCAAGGCCUCAAGCAACAGAACGUCAAAACAACCGUCUUCGAACGGGAGGAUCCUGAGCUGUAUCAGAGCAGGCCGCGCGAAUGGGGCAUACCACUUCAAUGGGGUGCUCAGCAUAUCCAGAAGUGCGUGCCGCCAGACAUGCGCGCGCAUCUGAACGAGAGCAUCUGUUGUGGUCCCUUCUAUGGUGCCAAAGGCCUCACGCUGCCGCAUUACAACGCUGAGACUGGCGAGAAGCUAUUCGAUAUGCCUGGGAACGAGCCAAGGCGCAUCUCAAGGCGCAAGUUGAGGAACUUCCUGAACCAGGGCAUUGAUGUUAAGUAUGUCGAGAAGUUAAGGAACGUCCACAAAGAAUCACCCAAUACGGUCAAGGCCACCUUCGAAGACGGGACCACCGCGACCGGCCACGUGCUGAUCGGCUGCGAUGGCGCCAGAUCAGCUGUCCGCCCCUGCCUUGUCGGUGAAGAUGCAGCGCAGUUGAUGGACCUCGACAUUCAGAUGUUCAACCUAGCUGCUCCGAAGGACUUCGCCGAGCCCUGGAGAAGCGUCGGCGCUAGCUUGACUUCCGACCUGACGUGGUCGACUGAUCGCACUACGGUCUACAAACCAUUCGACUGGUCUGCGGAGGAGUUGGCAGACAUCGUCACAUUAGCCGGCGAUGCCGCCCACGCAAUCCCGCCUCACCGCGGUCAAGGCCUCAACAACGCUCUCGAGGAUGCGGCCAAGCUUGUGGACGAAGUGACUUUGGCUGCGCAAGGUCAGCAAAGCAUUGCAUAA